GACGAAAAAAAGGGCCCCUGUCGCUCCUAUUCCUCCUCCUCUUCUUCCUCUGUUUGUUAUUCUAUUUAUUGUCAUAUCUCACUGGUGGCCAUGAAGGGGGGUGAUGAUGAACGAGGUUGAGAUAGUCCACACUCUUGUUGCUGGCGGUGCUAAGGUGCAGCCAAACGACAAGAACACGAAGUACAUGUUGAGGAAUUACAAGGGAGGCGAGGCCGAAUCAGAUGUACAUUGUGGUCAUGCAUCAUGUGGAGAGGAAGGCUCGGAAGAUCUGCAGACAGACGAGCCCGAGCCACCGCCUGUUGCAGGGUGGGCAGUUGCCCGCAUUGCAAACAUGCUUUCUGAUGCACUUGAUGAGGCUGUUGGAGUUGUAGGUGCAGCGGACGGCGGAGGCGGGGAGGAAGGGCAAGGGUCCACAACGCGAAUGUCUACCUUGAGACAGACCACUAUGCGACGGUGGGUGGACAAUGCGGCGCAGAAGAAGCUGGACAUUGCAUGGGCGGAGGCCAUGUUCAGGGCUGGUGUCGCUUUCAAUUUCUUGAACAUGGACACAACUCAGACACUGCACGCCGUGCACUUGGAGGUAGCCAACUCGAGGCUGAAGGUGAAGCUCCCAUCGUACAACUACAUGAGGACGGUCAUGUUAGACAUCAUCUACAUGAAGAUCCAAAAGGAGGUGAACCCGAUGACGAGCUGCAGGGACUUGACUGGAUGCACGUUCAUCACUGACGGGUCAACUGACCGCAUGAAUCGGCCAGUGAUGAACUUCUUGGCCGCGGGGGAGCAAGGGGCGGUGCUCAUGGCGAUGGUGACAAUGAGUGGUAGGAAGAAAAAUGUAGUGGCGUUGGCAAAGUUGUGGGAGCAAGUAAUGAGGGAGAUUGGAUUGCAACGCAUCAAUACGAUCUACACCGACAACGGUGAAGUUAACAAGAAGGCAGCGCAGAUCCUACAACAACGCAAUGACGUGGCCAAAAUUCCAUGGGUUCCUUGCGGAGCACACUGUUGCAGUCUCCUCCUCAAGGAUUUGGCCAACCUAUCUUGGAUCAAGGGCACAGUGAAAACCACAAACACAAUCGUGAAGUUCAUCCGGAAUCAUCAUGCCACACACGACUUGAUGAUGACUGUUGAUGACUUGUUGUCUUUGCUUCGUCCAACGAAAGUCCGGUUCGGAUCUGUGUAUCAGAUGCUCCACCGGCUAGCAGACACAGAGGAUGUUCUUGUCGAGAUGGUGGAUGGGAGGUCGGCUGGAAAGUGGAGAGCGUUGAGAUGGUCAUGGGACAAGUUGCGCCGGAGAGCCGACCUCGUGUACUACAGAAGUGGACACGGCGUGGAGUUUUUGCUGCACCUCCACAAUGACCCGGACGAGGAAGCGGCCACUCGUGCAAAGGAGAUGGCGGAUAGGGAUCGUGAAAUCGUGGACAGGCGGGUCACUGAGGAGGAGGCCCAUCGUGCAGCGAUCCCUGCCCGCAAGGAGAGGGAGAGGCGUGCUGCACAACAGGAAAAGCGCGGGGGCGAGGCCUUGAAGGAAAUGGACGGGGAUGUCCAGCCUGCCGUGGACAAGGGCGAGCAGCGACAAGGGGAGCCCACAGACGCAGCAGAAGAGCUGCAAGCAGCGGUUGCUGUGUACACGCGCAGGCCCCGCCCAUGCGUGGAGCAACAAGUGGGAGUGGAGGGAGAGACCACCGACCAGCAUGUUGCAAUCAGAGAGAGGGGGAAGGAGCAGCAGGAAGAGCAGCAGGCAGCAGAGGACAUCGGCACACCCCCUUUCCGUGAAUUGAACGAUGCUCUCCACCACGACAACCUCUGGAAGAGCAAGGCAGGGAGGAAGAGGAAGGCAGCAGUGGAGGAGUCCCCAAAAGCGCCCCGGCGUGGCCCUGGAAGCCCAGAAAAAGAAAGAUAGUYGAGAAGACUGCGUCGGAGCACGGAAGCCGCAACACU